AGUGUUCUAUUACAGUGGAACGGUGAGCGUCCGAACGUUCUCCCCGAGAACCUUCAGCUCCGCCCGCGUCUCCCACCCCAGCGCGCCCUGCUCAGGUUAGUUACCAGACUCAGGAUGUCUCUAGACUGGAUUGGCUUUGGCUAUGCAGCACUGGUUGCUUCUGGUGGAAUAAUUGGCUAUGCGAAAGCAGGAAGUGUCCCGUCCCUGGCUGCUGGUCUUCUCUUUGGUGGUCUGGCAGGCCUGGGAGCUUAUCAGGUAUCUCAGGACCCCAAGAACAUUUGGGUUUCCCUAGCUGCAUCUGGAACUCUGGCUGGCAUCAUGGGAAUGAGAUUCUACAACUCUGGAAAGUUCAUGCCAGCAGGCUUAAUUGCUGGUGCCAGUCUCCUAAUGGUUGGAAGACUUGGGCUGAAGAUGUUGGAUAAACCUCGGCAAGCAUGACUAUAAAUCUGAGUCAAGAUUGACAGGAGAUUAGGAAUUUUGAAAACUCCCCGCACUUGAGUGUAUUAUGGGAAAUGAGCAGAGAACCUGAGCAUUUGUACGUAUCCUGAUAUUUUUGGAGAUUUGUUUUUUAACCGGAGAAGCACUGAACUUUGUGACCCGUCAAUUACUGAAUCUCUUCGUAGGCAGCAAUCCCAUCUCAUAGCAGGCUGCCAUUAUACAGUUUGGUCCGGUCUUCAAGUUGUCUCCAGAGGUGUUAGAGAUUGGGUUUCAGCAUCUUAUGACAAAUGAAAUAUUUUGUACCAGUUGCAGGAGCUGUCUGCUAUAUCACAAAGAGCCACAUUGUGAAAGGACGAUAAGGAAGAAUUUGUAUUUCCAUCAUGUUUGGUUAUCCCCAGUUAUACACGCUUGUCUCAGAGCAUCAAUUAAAAUGUUUUAUGCAGUCAUGGUAUUCUGGUACCUCA